AGGGUAGUCACAGUGAGUGUCGACUUCUCCUCCUGCCUUGACCUACUUCGCCAUUUCAUGCAGCUUCAGACAGACUUAUCACCUACGGCCCGACGCCACUUCGACUACCAUUCCGCAGACUUGCAUCAAGGACAGCGCACUCACUAUUGUCGAUUGCACCUGGUCAUCUUUGGCGCUCCUUUUGCGUUGCACGACUUUAUGCCCGUCCCAACUGGGAGGCAGUCCGCAAGAGAGGAGAGCAGCAGCCACGAAAUUCUUCUUGCUCCCGACGCUUCUUUAAGUCGAGGCAAGAGCGCUCCGCCCACCUCGCACAAAGCAGGCAUAAGCCUGUCCACUGGUCGUUAUCUAUCGGCACUGACGGAUCGUACAGCAGCUGCUACAGCUUGGAAUCCUUCGCCAUACGGUACACCCUCUGCUUACGCCCCACCUUCCAACGCUUAUCCAUUCGAUUCGACCGCUUCUUCCAGUCGGAACUCACCUUCGCCUGUAGCGUGGCAUCAGGGAGCUAGAAUCAGAUCUGGCGCUGCUCCGAAUCUGGACGCGACGCACUUGGAGAGGGAUCAGAACAAAGGAGCUUUUGCGCUCGAUAUGAGCAACGGAAGCGGUGCUUCAAAUGCUGGGACGGGUGCGGGUACCGGAGGUACGGGUGGUGCGGGAGGAUACGACUACGGAAGUGUUGGAGCGCUUCCUGCGCCAGCUACGGGGCCCGGCCGGACAUGGGGAGCAACGUCGGGCACUUCUCGAACGCACUACCAUCUCUCGCGGCAAGAGGUGCUCAAGGGAGUGGCCAAUCGAUUCGUGCAUUCUACGGCGUAUCUGUAUUUCUAUGGAGGUAUGGCAGCAGUCAGUCUCUUGACAGUCGCUCUCAGCCUGUUGCAAGAUUGUCCCGGUCCGCUGUUCUACGGACUCGAGCUUGCCAUCAAUGCGGUGCUCAUCGCAGAGGUCACAAUCAGGGGCUACGCAUUCGGACGACAAUUCUGGAAAUCCACGUUCAACAUCAUCGAUCUGUGCCUCGUCAUUCUGUGCGCCGUCACGCUAGCCGUCAUUUUCUUCUCUCACGACUGUUCGCCCUACAGGCGAGGUACAGGCGAAGCGCCUUCACCCGGAGACGACCUGCCAGGUCACGGCGGACGAGGGGGCAAAGGAGAAGAGCUGCUAGACUCGAUCCUGCUCAUCGUCCGUAACGGCGUGCAGCUGUUCAGGCUGCUCUCGGUGGUGAGGAGGAGCGGAAGCAACGUGACUAGCAGAGUAGCCAACAUCGAUCUGAACGCUGCAAGAGACUUUAGCCUGGACAUUGAUCUGGAGGAUGAAGGUGCUGCGGCGAGGGAAAGAAUGGCGGAUGGUGGGGACCCGGGAGCAAGGAGAGCGAGGAUGGAUCGAAGAGGCACUCGACCAGAGGAACAGGGCUUGUUCGAUGAAGACGAGGACGACGAGCUUUGAAGCGGUCCAUCACUUGCGGCACGACUUCUCUUGUAUACUUAUGCCUUUCUUGGCUUCAUCGUCUAGCACACAUCGUCGAUGCUCUCCGUUACAAUGUCAUCGCAACAAAUGUAUUCGCAUGAAGCAUCGGUCCCAUUCUUGUGAUAACCGAGAUCACUAAGAAAGUCUGUCAUGC